AUGUCGCAGUUGUCGGGUGAGCACCGCGCGUUCGCUAUCGAAGCGUUUUUGAAAGGUGGAGAAUCGUAUGUCGGGGCUCGAAGACAGUUUUGUUCUCACUACAAUAUCAGACGUUUACGCGAUGGACCAAGCGAAAAUUUGAUUCGUAAAUGGGUUAUCAAGUUUCGAGCUACCGGUUCCGCUAUAAAUCAAUCGCGUCCGGGCACAAGCAGAACUUCAAGAACGGAAGAAACAAUAAACGAAGUUGCAGCUAGCGUUCGACGCAAAAGAGCGGCGGCUUUAAACGUCACCAAAUCAACCGUAGAGCGGAUUUUAAAACGUGAUUUCAAAUUCCAUCCCUAUAAAAUACAGAUAGUGCAGGAAAUAAAUGAAAAUGACUACAAUUUACAUAAAAGUUUUUGCCAGACAAUCAUUGAGAGAUUUCAAUACUUUGAAUACUGUGUUUUGGAGUGAUGAAGCACAUUUCCAUUUGAAUGGAUAUGUUAACAAACAAAAUUGUCACUUUUGGUCAAAAGUCAAUCCCAGACAAAAACAUCAAAGACCGCUGCAUAGCCCAAAAGUGACAGUGUGGUAUGCUCUUUCGGUCAAUGGAAUAAUCGGGCCGUAUUUUUUUUAAAUGCGACAGGUGCUGCGAUAACCGUUUCUAGUGAGGCUUAUCGGCAAAUGAUAGCCAAUUAUUUUAUACCCCAACUUCGAGAGCAUCCAGCCUACAGCUCAAGAACGUGGUUUCAGCAGGAUGGAGCCACUUGCCACACUGCAAGAGCCACUAUGGACCAAAUUCGUAAAUUGUUUCCUCAAAAAUUGAUAUCCCGCUUUGGUGAUAUUGCGUGGCCUCCGCGAUUACCAGAUUUGACCCCAUGGACUUUUUCCUAUGGGGGUACCUUAAGAGUAAAAUUUACGUCAAUACCCCGAGGAAUAUCGCUGAGCUAA